AUGACAGCCGCAAGCACUCUUUCCACCACGACGCUGUCCGGAGAGCAACAAGCUUGUGCUCGUUACGAAUACGACGAAGCGCAUAAGCUCGUUCCAGACCCCACGUGCAGUUGCCCAGCUGGAGAAAUGCCUGAUCCGGAAAAUAUGGACGAAUGUCAAGAUGAGUAUUUAAUUUUCAUUUAUUUCUACCAGCACAGUUUUUUUGGAAGAGUGAUAGUAUUUUCUUAA